UAUUUUUCCCGCCGGCGCCCGACUGGAGUUCUGUGCUAGGACGUUGCUCGCUUGAACCGAGAGUAUUCUUGCACUAAAAACGCCGGAGGUCAGAUUUUAUUUUAUUUCUGCAAGGGCGCACGACCGGCUGUGAUGACCGCUAGCAGACAUUGCAAACCGGCAACUCCAAACUAACAUGGCAGUCAGACUGUGUGAUGUGGCUUCACUGCUUAGAAGUGGUUCGUGGGCAGCAGAGCCUUGGACUGGGCAGGUAAUUGCUGCCAUGGAAACACAACUGUCUAAUGGGCCAACUUGCAAUAACACAGCCAACGGCCCGGCUACCAUAAACAACAACUGCUCAUCGCCAGUUGACUCUGGAAACACAGAGGACAGCAAAACCAAUUUAAUAGUCAACUAUCUUCCUCAGAAUAUGACACAGGAGGAGCUCAAAAGUCUGUUCGGGAGCAUUGGCGAGAUAGAAUCCUGCAAACUUGUAAGAGACAAAAUAACAGGACAGAGCUUGGGGUAUGGAUUUGUGAACUACAUUGACCCUAAGGAUGCUGAAAAGGCGAUCAAUACUCUGAAUGGAUUGAGACUUCAAACCAAAACAAUAAAAGUUUCCUAUGCGCGACCAAGUUCAGCUUCCAUUAGAGAUGCAAAUCUGUAUGUCAGUGGUCUCCCAAAAACUAUGACCCAGAAAGAAUUGGAGCAGCUGUUCUCCCAGUAUGGACGUAUCAUUACUUCUCGUAUUCUAGUGGACCAAGUCACUGGAGUUUCAAGGGGUGUGGGCUUCAUCCGGUUUGACAAGCGGAUCGAGGCAGAGGAAGCCAUCAAAGGUUUGAACGGACAGAAACCUCCAAGUGCCACAGAGCCAAUCACUGUAAAGUUCGCCAACAACCCAAGCCAAAAAACCAACCAGGCCAUCCUUUCCCAGCUGUACCAGUCUCCAAACAGAAGGUAUCCCGGACCUCUAGCUCAGCAGGCUCAACGUUUUAGGUUGGACAAUCUGCUCAAUAUGGCUUAUGGAGUAAAGAGUAGGUUUUCUCCAAUGACCAUUGAUGGAAUGACCAGUUUGGCUGGGAUCAAUAUCCCGGGACAUGCGGGGACCGGAUGGUGCAUUUUUGUUUACAAUUUAGCUCCCGAUGCAGACGAGAGCAUCCUGUGGCAAAUGUUCGGACCCUUCGGGGCGGUCACCAACGUGAAGGUCAUCCGCGACUUCAACACAAACAAGUGCAAAGGCUUUGGAUUUGUGACUAUGACAAACUAUGACGAGGCGGCCAUGGCUAUCGCCAGCCUGAACGGAUACCGCCUUGGAGACAGAGUUUUGCAGGUCUCGUUUAAAACAAACAAAACGCACAAAGCCUAAUGAGUUGCCCUCGGCCCAGUUUAUAUUUGAAAACUUAUUCGACAAAGGCAAGUUAAAAGAAACUUUAUACAUUAGUAAAUGUCUUUGUAAGUCAGUGUUGAGAUGGGGGGCGGGCGGGGGUAAAAGACUAGCAUCCUAAGAAAUAUGCGAGAUUUUUUAUUGCUAGUAUUUGAAUUUAAACAAAAAAAAAACUUCUUAAAUAUCUUAUGUUUGAAUAUGGACAAGAGGUACAGGGUUUUUACCUGUCACAAUGCUUACUAUUGCCUUCCUUGAAGAAGGCGGAACCUUUUAAAAAUGUUUGAGCUUAAGGGAAAACGAUUUAUUUUACACGACUGCCUUGAACCUGUGAGUAGUUUAAAUUGAGGCUUUGUGUUAACAAUCCUUGAGUUAAGUUUCGUCUUUUUCGUUGUGCUUGAUUUACACUUUAAUGCCUUGCAGUUUAGUCUGUUCAAGAAAAGUGUUUCGAAGUUUACAUUUUUAUUUAUAAAGUUUGAAAGUAUUUAUUUUGUAAUUAUUAUUUGGGUCUGGGGGAAGGGGGGGGUUUGGUGCAUUAUAAAAAGCUUAUUGUAAGAUUAACGGAGAACUUUUCGUAAAGCAGUUACCUUGCCAAAGAGAUAAGAGCCUCUUUGAUGUGGGUUUAAAAACAAAAAAAACAAAACAAAGCAUCUAUUUUUAUAAAAAAGAGAAAAUUUGGAGAAACUUUUUACAGGUCCUGGAACAAAUAUUUUGACUUGAAUACUUUGAGAAAUCUCUUCAUAUGACACCUAGUGAGCUUUUAAAACUUACCAGGAAAUUUGCAGUGGUUUGGG